AUGCGCGCUCGGGAUAUGCCGGCGUCCACGACGACGGAGACCCCCGCUGACGACCAGGACGACGCGUACCUGGCCCAGCGUCAGUCCACGAUGGACUCGGCCACGUUGGACAAACUGUUGAUGGCCGAGAAGAACUUGGCACAGGCUGGACAGGCCACGACCAACGUCUGGAAGCUCAUUGGUAAACUACCGAGCGAAGAGAGCGAGUCUCCACCGCCUGCACACCCUACGGGCCUCUCCUCCAGUGUCUCGAUGCCCCUACGUCAGAAUUCCAGAUCUACAUCGAACUUUUCCUCCUCUCAGGGGGUCGGUAGCAGUCCUAGACGGCACACCAGGACGUCCACGCGAAGGAAAAUCUCAACACAGGCGUCAGACGACGUUGCAUCGGGGAAAUUCCUGUCCACGGGGCCUUCAAGUCCCAAUAACGGCAGUAAAUGGGCGUCUACGGCUCCGUCAGGCUCUAGAGCGGAGCUGACCAUCGACACGACGGACACAACAAGCGUAGAAGCCCGAGCGAGUCCUAGAUACAACAUGGAGAUCCCUCGCCCCGAGAUGGCCGUCGGACGCAGCUCAUUGGGCAGUUAUGCCAACAGUAACAGCUUCUACGACCGACCAGGACACUUUGCUCGCGUUACAGACACAUUGAGCGACUCGAACAAUUUCUUAGUGGAGAACGGACGCAGCCGAUCCACUCACAGUAGCAAUGUCUUUGGCUUUAACCGUAAUGCGGCGCCAUUGUCCGAGGUGACGCUGUUUACCUUUACAGUCAAGAAGAGUGACAGUGUGCUGGAAAAACUCGGGAGUAAGCGAGCCAGUAUCCAAUUGCAGGUGGAUGUGGACGAAAGGAUGCUCUACUUUCUAUCGGCUCAUGAUCAACGCGAGGAGUACAGUUGUGCAGCUGUGACGGCCAAGCCGCAGUCCAGACUGGGGAUGCAGCUCAAGAUCCAGACGGGAAAUGCCAGUGUGAACAAGAAGAUUACGUUCUACAGUACAGAAGACCGUGCCAACUUCGUCCAGGCCUUGGAACAGGGCAAAGUUAUGAUCAAUAAGAAGACGACGACGGCUGCGACGCCCUCACGAGCGUCUACGGUGACUGUUGACGAGACAGCGUCGACAGUUUCCAGUACAUUCGAGCGCUCCAAACUCCGAGAUUCAAUGGUGAGCGACCAUUUCCAGUUGCUACCGGGUGAGUCGGUGUUGGAGCAUGUACAGCGAGUUACAAACCUCGUGGUGAUGUCCCAGAGCGACAGAGCAGUACAAGGAGUGCUCAAGAUCACGUCGUACCGGAUCACAUUUGUGCCGUACGAUGCAUCCUGGAAAUUCGGCUCGUUUGAGCUGCCGCUGGCUGCUAUUGACCUCAUUACGCGCGAUGGACUGAUGCUUCUGAUCACAUGCAAAGACUUGAGAACGUUGAGACUUGCUAUGCACGACGCGUACUCAAGGAAGAAAGGAUACGAUCAACUCCCGUCAACUCCGGACUUUCGGUGGCUUAAUCUGCUCACGCUACGUAUGAAGCCGCCUAAUAUGAUCGGUGCGUUGUUUGCAUUCGACUAUCAUACAGAGAAGGCCAAGCAGCGGGGAUCUGCUAUUCCUGAGAAGCACAAUGGCUGGUUUGUGUACUCACCGUUUGCUGAGUACCAACGUCUGGGCUUUUUGUCGGCCAAGAAGCAGCCGGAAGAGGACGGGGCGAUCACGUGGCGACUUCUCAAGAACUCCAAGUUCCGCUUCAGCCCCACAUACCCUCAGCUUAUGGUGGUGCCAUCGCUUAUGUCCGAAGAGCAGCUCGUGCAGUCGGCACGCUUCCGAUCACGUGCACGUCUGCCUGUGGUUGUGUGGCGCCAUCCUGUGAACAAGAGCGUGUUGUCUCGCUCCAGCCAGCCGAACUACGGUAUGGCAGGCAACCGAUCCGAACCUGACCGGAUACUUCUGCGCGCGUACCGCGACUCAGCCAACAAGAACAGCUCCAACAUGUCGCCUCCUCUUCACAUUAUCGACGCGCGCAAGCCCAUCGCCACCAAGGGCAACCGGUUAAAAGGAAAAGGUGUAGAGAACUCCCAGCACUACGACAACGCGACUAUUGAAUUUAUGGGCAUCGCCAACAUUCACAAGAUGCGCGAGUCCUUGGAUGCGUUGAAGUCCCUUGUUAGUCCUAGCAGCGUCGAAGAUGGCGACAAACACUAUCACAAUCGUCUCGAGAACACUCGAUGGCUGAAGCACGUGAUGCGAGUGUUGUCAGGCGCCCGUAGGGUAGCAGAGGUGCUCCAUGAAGACGGCGCGUCGGUGCUGGUGCACUGUAGUGACGGCUGGGAUCGCACGCCGCAGCUUGUGGCCUUGGCGCAGCUGAUUCUGGACCCGUUCUACCGCUCCAUCCGCGGUUUCGCCAGUCUAGUGGAGAAGGAGUGGUGUUCAUUCGGCCACAAGUUCGCGGAUCGGAUUGGCGUGGGCAAAGACAUCACCGAACAGCCGAACGAGCGAUCACCAGUCAUGUUGCAGUUCUUGGACUGCGUGUGGCAGAUGACACGACAAUUCCCCACGUGUUUCGAGUUCAACGAGAAGUUCUUGAUCCACAUUUCGGAUUCGCUGAUCUCCGGUCUCUACGGUACGUUCCUGUACAAUUCAGAACGCGAGCGUGUGCUGGACAAGGUGUGGGAACGCACAGAGUCUGUCUGGACGCCCGUAUUGGAGAACCCUGGACCGUACAAGAACCCGUUGUAUCGACCAACCAACCGUGUGCUGUAUCCACGUGCCAACCUGAAGCGUGUGGUGCUCUGGGACGGCAUGUUCUUCCGCUGGGACCCGGAAAGCCACCCGGACUACAUGGAAUUCAUGGACCCAGUGGAGAAACACGACGAUGACGCGUCAGCGCAUGACUACGAUGAAGACGGAAGUCCUCGAGGCGCCAGUGUACUUGACUCUCCUUCAGUAAUGCCCAUCGGCGGCGAUCUGGACGAAGAUAAAGCGGAACUAGACAUCGACGUGAUCCACGACUACGACGAGUUCCGGACCAAGACGCUCUCGGACUGCUCGGACAUGAGCGACGACGACGACUUUGAGAUCUCCCCCAGUGUGACUGCGCGAUACGACGGCUCGUCGACUUUAACAUCAGAUGAGCUGAACAUGACGACGCCAGCAACCAGUGAAGCCGAUUCCGAGAGCUCAUCGGAGAAUCGUCCGGCGCUGGACCCGAGUGUGUUGGAGCGAUAUCAUCGUGGAGUCGAGGAGCGCACGCGGCAACGCGCACAGGGCCGGAAUAUACGGGAGGCGCUGUUGUUGGCGCCAGAUCAAAGCCGCAUCAAGUACUUGGAGCAGCUCCUGAGCGAGAGUGUCGCGCGUGAGCUGCAGCUUGAAGCAGAGCUGGAUUCCGUCGUCCACCGAGCCGUGCGAGGCACAAACGUUAAUGGCACCAAUGGGUCCUCUAACGUGUCUGGCAGCGAGAAUGGCUCUAGUCACUCUAAUCCGGUUGGACGCAGGCAGUAA